UAACAACAAUAAUAAUAAUAACAAAGCCUAUUAUUAGUAGUAACUUACAGUUUGAGGUAAUAAUACAUUACUUUUAAUGAUUAAUUAAUUAAAUACUCCUACUACUAAUAAAUAACUACUUUCUAUUACAUAAUAUCAUCCUAUUGUUAAUAAUAGGAUGAUAAUAUAUAAUAAAAUGUAAGCUACUUAUGGAUUUCUCCAUUUAUGUCAAAGACACAACUAACUGUUUUUGAGCAAGUCAUUAAAUAGGCUAAUUCACACGAGUGAGUCAUUAAAUCAUUCAAACGAUUCCUUUCGAGUCUUUCACGACCAAAACCAAAAAAGUCAUUUUCCUUACAAAUCCUACCUUUUCCCCAAGAGUAUGGCUUUAAUCAAUCAAUCAAUCAUAGCUUGCUUUGAAUAGAUGGUGACCCAAUAAAUUAUUACCGACUUACUUGAAUGAUUGAGUGAAUGCAAAAUAUGACUGCAGUCAAGGAGAACGACUCGUUCACUUAAAAGAUUUGUUUACAAACGUAAGCGCGCUGUUUGACACGAUGGCCCAUUUGCACCUGAUAUCACAGGUUGUAGGUGAUCUGAUCACAAUUAUAUAAGACUAAACCACAUUUAAAUGUGUAAAUGAGCCCAAGGCUCAUUGUGAAAGAAUCGCUCCAUUCGGAAGUCAUCAAACAUAUAUUGUAGGCUAAUGCAUGAAAUGUUAAGAUAUAUAUAUAUAUUUUUAAUUCAGUAACAACAUAAUGAUUUUAAAAGCUGCUUGCAAUUCAGUCAUUCAAGAAUAAAUUAAUUCUGAAUUAAUAACAAACCAGUGAGGGAGGUGUUUUGUGGAGCGUGUCUGGAGGUUGUAAUUGUCGCCAGGGCCGCUAGAGGUCAGUGUGUCUCUGGUAAAAACUGACAGAAUCUUCCGGGACUCAAACCUCUGCAGCUGUUUACUCUGGUACACAAGUAUCUUUCUAUGUCAAACUCCGGUUCAUAGAAAUCAACGCGAACGUGUUUUGCUCUUGAACUUUGCUCGUGUGUAUCACCAUGUCUUCGGUUGAGGUUUCUGAAGGCUCGGUUCUGGUGGAGAUCUGCGGAGAUCAGCCGCUGUUCUACCGACAGGCGCUUCCGUCGAGCGGUGCCGCCAGACUCUGCGUGCUGCUGCUGCACGGGAUCCGGUUCUCGUCGGAAAACUGGCUGAGGAUCGGGACUCUGGACAGUUUAGCUGCCGCGGGUCACCGAGCUGUGGCCAUCGACCUGCCAGGUUUGGGUCAGUCUAAGGCGGCUCCGGCCCCGGCUCCAGUGGGUCAGCCGGCUCCAGGUGUGUUCCUCAGACAGGUGUGUGAGGCUCUGCGGACCGGCCCCGUGGUGAUCAUCAGCCCGUCUCUCAGUGGCAUGUACUCGCUGCCGUUCCUCUUCCAGCACUCCGAGCAGGUCAAGGCCUACAUCCCUGUAGCUCCCAUCUGCACAGAGAAGUUCACAGCAGAGCAGUACCGCAGCGUACAGACUCCAGCUCUUAUAGUUUAUGGAGACCAGGACACUCAGCUUGGGGAAGCGUCGCUAAGCAAUCUGAAGAAUCUGACCAAUCACAAAGUGGUGGUAAUGAAGGGGGCGGGGCAUCCUUGUUAUCUUGAUGAUCCAGAGACCUGGCAUAAGGCAGUCCUGGACUUCUUACAGUUGUUGUGAUCAUGUUAAAAACCCUAAUGGUGUAAAAGUGUACUAAUCUAAACAUUAAUAACAUAAGUGAUCAAUAUGAAGUACGUUUAAUUUCACACUUAUCUGAUUAUGUCAAAAACACUAGCUUUUGUCUGUGCAACUCUGCAUUAAUUGACUUUUUGUGUUUACAUGAAAUGCUGUUUGCAACCCAGUUUAUGUACUUCUGAGUGAAAGAGGAUAGUCAAUGAGAAAAUAACAGGAUGGAACUUGAUUUUAUCCUUUGGGAACUGAUUAGACUGUGAAACUUACCGAUAGAGCCAUUUUUUCAAAUUGCGUGCAAGGAAUAAUUGUAUAAAAGUAAAUAAGAGUUAAUCUUGAAUUUUCUUUUUUUUUAAAUUCAUAAAUGGAUGCAAUAUUCUCAUGGAUUUUGUGAUAAUAUGUGACCCUGGACCACAAAACCAGUCUUAAGUGUCAAUUUUUCGAAAUUGAGAUUUAUAUAUCAUCUGAAAACUGAAUAAAUAAGCUUUCCAUUGAUGUAUGGUUUGUUAGGAUCAUUUGGCUGAGAUACAACUAUUUGAAAAUCUGGAAUCUGAGGGUGCAAAAAAAAAAUCUAAAUAUUGAGAAAAUCGCCUUUAAAGUUGUCCAAAUGAAGUUCUUAGCAAUGCAUAUUACUAAUCAAAAAUGAAGUUUUUAUAUAAUUACGGUAAGAAAUAUACAAAAUAUCUUCAUGGAACAUGAUCUUUACUUAAUAUUCUAAUGAUUUUUGGCAUAAAAGAAAAAUUGAUAAUUUUGACCCAUACAAUGUAUUUUUGUCUAUUGCUGCAAAUAUACCCUAGCGACUUAAGACUGGUUUUGUGGUCCAGGGUCACAUAUACUACCUGUCAAUAUACCUUUGACAAUAUAGUGUAUUAUUUUCCCAACUUUUUUUAUUAUUUAGCUUUAUAGUACCUUUUUGCUUUCAAAAGAGAUAAAUAGAAACUGCAACUUAAAAAUGAAUCAUUAAAUAUACUUUAAGAACGUUUUAAUAAUACAAUACAGUAUUAUGAUGCUACAUGUGUUAAAAUAGGGACCAAUGACUUCAAAUCACAUUUCUGUGUUUAUGCAUCUCUAAUGAGCCCCUAAAAUGUGUUGAUUGCAUCAGAAAAAUAACCACUACACAAUGCACUGAAGUGAAAAAUAUGAACAUUAUUUAAUAACUGAUUCUCUGUAAUAAACAAUUUGAAAAUAUUUUACAAGGAGUCACAGACACAAUAUUUUACAAAUUUUCCCUUGUCUUUUUUUUUUGUUGUCUGUACAAAAAAAUGGAGCAACAUGGACCCAGAGACGAGGCACUGAGCCCCCAACACACAAUCCAAUAAACGAACGAAAAAAAAACAAAACACGCUCACCAUGAUUUCAGACCUCAACUCAUGAGUAUUAUCAGCAGUACUGUGUUUCUAUUUUUUUUUUUUAAUCGUUAAUACAUUUUAAAACCUCACUCAUGUUAAAUUCAGUUUCUCCUUUGUACGUAUUUUUUUUUUUUUGGAAUAUAUAUUUUUUUUGUACACAUUUGUCACGGAGCACCAGACUAAAGACUACGUAAUCACAUACACACGUCUCGCUGAUGGAAACGCGCCUACAAUGAUGUUGCUUUGGAGGGGGAGGGGCUAGGGGAGGGUCUGAGCUAAUGACUCCUCCUGGUGGGUGGGUUAUACAUCAGGCCCCUCCCCUUGCGCAAGCUGCUUCCUCUUUUUAGCUUUUCUUUUUGAAUACUAUUUUUUUCUCUUUUUUUUUUUGGCAAAAGCAAAUCUUUCAGACCACUUAAAAACAAGGACUUUUGUUCCACAGUGUACUUGGAAUUGUGACACAAGACCGACACAUUCAUGAUCAUUUAAUCGCAGUGUCUUGCCAAAAUGUGUUUGCCUAAUUCGGGCAGUUCAGUGCCCCUGUACAUCGACAGUGUUCCAGUUUUAAGACAAUUACACACUUUCCCCCCAAAAAUAAAACACAAGAAUAAAAAAAAAAAAAGUGUGGCAAAGUUUUAAAACAACCAGAAUAAAGAACAAGGCAUAUUUCCACUUUUCGGAGUGCUCUUUGCCCUAAUAUGAAAUAAAAUUGCAGAUUGUUUCCAUAAUCAGGCAAAGAAAGAGGUCCACAUUAGCCAUUUAACAUGUUAAGAGGGAUAGUUCACGCAGAAAUUAAGAUCAUCUCAUCAUUUACUCACUCUCAUGUCAUUACAAACCAUUUUUUAAUGAACAACUUAAAUUCUUCUCAGUGAUUUGUAAUAUAGUACAUGUCGACAAGCUUUAUGAUAUUUUUAUUGAGCAUUUAUGUCAUUUUAAGAGCUUGAAAGCCCCUGGUUGCUAUAUUUUUUAUGGUUUAUAUGAAAACACUUACAUAUUGGGUUUGGAAAAACCUGAGGGUGAGUAAAUGAUGAUUUUUAUUUUUGGGUGAACUAUCCCCUUAAACUUUGCACAUCAUACUGAAGCUUAAACAGUCUUUUUAAAACUUUUUUUUUUUUUUUUUGUGUGUGUUUUUACAGUA